CUGACCCUGAUUGGCUAUCGAGAAGAGGCGGCUUGAGAGGCGGUGGCAGCGGCGUGGGGAGCCAUGGGUCAGCCUGCCAAGGUUUUACAGCUCUUUAGAACACUACACAGGACCAGACAACAAGUUUUUAAAAAUGAUAAGAGAGCAUUAGAAGCGGCCAGAGUAAAGAUAAAUGAAGAAUUCAAAAAACAUAAAAGUGAGGCCUCUCCGGAGAAAAUAGAAGAGAUGUUGAAAGUGGGUUCCGAUGUUGAACUAUUACUCAGAACAUCUGUUAUUCAAGGUAUUCACACUGACCACAACACCUUGAAGCUGGUCCCCAGGAAAGAUCUUCUAACAGAAAACGUUCCAUACUGUGAUGCGCCAAUUCAGAAGCAGUAAAGCUUCCAGGAUGAAACCUGUCUCUGCUCCCUCUGACUUUAAAUAUAUACCUAGCCAAAGUCCUGGACAUGUGAUGUUUCUCUCUGAAGUGGCAUGUUGGGAAUGAGCAGCAGGCUGAGGGCUGCAGAGCACUGCAGUGUCUGAAGACAUAGAUGUACCCUCCCUCCUCACCAUCAGGCAGCCUGACCUGACGACCGGAUGUCUGGGGAGGUGGGACUCUUUCCUUCCCCUUUGGUAGGUGUUUUGGUCUUACCAAAGCUAUUUGCCAAUGAAGCACUUUACCAAGUUGGUGACUUUUCAUCCCAUGGGAAACAGUACUGCAAAAUAUAAAACACUACAUUAAAUUGAUGUUUAAUUUCUAAAAUAUUAAGUUGAUAAAAAAAUGAACAUUUUCUGCCAACUCUCUACUGAAAGUAACCAUUGUUUUCCAAAGUGACGCGGUUAUUUCUGCAGAUAAAAUAAUGUGGCUUGC